CCAAAACUCGUGUUAGCAUGUUCUAAAAUCAACAACAUUGUUUAUGCACGUCAAGUGUUUGACAAAAUGCCCGACCCAAAUUCCGCUCCUUGGAACGCCAUGUUUAAAGGGUAUAUCGAUAACCAUAUGUGCAUUGAUGUUUUGACUUUGUUUGGGUAUAUGGUGCGUAUGAAUGUGAAGCCUACUUACUUUACUAUACCUAUGGUUUUGAAAUCUUGUGUGAAGUUAUCGGCUUUGAAAGACGGGGAGAAAGUACAUUGCUUUGUCGUUAAAGUUGGGUUUUUAUCGAACCCUUUUGUCGGGACGACAUUGAUUGAUAUGUAUUGUAGUGGGGGUAAUGUUGGUUAUGGGUAUAAGGUUUUUGGUGAAAUCGGUUUGAAGAAUGUGGUUACUUGGACGUCGAUGAUUCGUGGGUAUAUUUUGUUUGGGGAUGUAAGUUGUGCGCGAAAGAUGUUUGAUUUAGCACCUGAGCGUGAUCUUGUGAUGUGGAAUACGAUGGUUACUGGAUAUAUAGAAUGUGGUGAUAUGGAUGGAGCUAGGAAGUUGUUUGAUGUGAUGCCUAAUAAGGAUUUGAUGUCAUGGAAUACUUUAUUGAACGGGUAUGCGAAUAAUAAGGAUAUGGAAGGAUGCGAGAAGUUGUUUAAGGAAAUGUCCGUGAGAAAUUUCUUUUCUUGGAAUGCAUUGAUUAAUGGGUAUGCUCAUAAUAAUCGGUUUAUUGAAGUUAUUGGUACGUUUAAAAUGAUGCUAAAUGAUCCUGAUGUGCAGCCUAACGAUGCAACUUUUGCGAGUGUAUUGUCUGCUUGCUCGAAGCUAGGAAUGCUUGAAUUGGGUAAGUGGGUCCAUGCAUAUGCUGUAAACAUUGGGUAUAAACAAAAUACUUAUGUUCAGAAUGGUUUAAUUGACAUGUAUGCAAAAUGUGGUGCGAUUACAAAGGCAAUGGAUGUCUUUACGGAAAUGAAUGAAAAAGAUUUGAUUUCUUGGAACACAAUUAUAAACGCGUUAGCAAUGCAUGGUAAUGGGUCAGAUGCAUUGAGACUUUUUCAUGAAAUGAAGAGCGCCAAACAGAAACCAGACGCCAUCACAUUUAUAGGUGUCAUUUGUGCUUGUUCUCAUAUGGGAUUAGUGAAAGAUGGAUUGAAGUAUUUUAACUCCAUGGUAGAUGGAUACUUAAUUACGCCUAAGAUCGAGCAUUAUGGUUGUAUAGUUGAUUUAUUAUCUCGAGCUGGUUUAGUAGAAGAAGCGGUCGAGUUUGUUGAGAAAAUGCCCAUGAAACCAGAUAAUGUCAUUUGGACUAACUUAUUAGGGGCAUCAAGAAUAUACAAAAAAGUCAAGAUAGCUGAAUUGUGUCUUCAAAGACUGAUUGAACUUGAACCAGAGAACCCGUCUAAUUAUGUCAUGUUGUCAAAUAUAUACGGUGAUGCUAAAAGACCGGAUGAUUUUGCUCGUUCAAAAGUUGCAAUGAGGAAUACUGGGGCUAAAAAGUUGCCGGGAUGCAGCUCCAUUGAGGUGGAUGAUGCUGUGGUUGAGUUCUAUGCUUUUGAUGAGAGGCAUUCAAAGACAGAAGCUAUUUAUUCUGCAUUAAGAAGCCUACUGAAAGUGUCAAAAGAUUUUGGCUGUUUUGCAGUGAUGUGAGGCUCAAGGUUGCUUACUAAUGUGGCUUUUCUGUAUGUUGACACAGCAAUCGUCAAUCUCUACAUCCUGUACGUUUGGUUUCUACAUCCUGUCCAUUUGGUUUCUUUUGGAUUGUUAAUUAGCUUCUUUUUUUUUUUUUACUGUUUACUGUCGAGUCUUGUUAAUCAAAUUUAUCAUCAUCUCCCAGCGCUAUUCUCUAUCUUGUUAUUUAUAUUCACCAUCUCAUAAUCUUUAUCAAUAUUUAAUACGGUUUACCCCUGUGUAGAAGUUUUUGAUAGGUCUAGAGUAUCUGAAACAUGCAAUUGUCUGCUCACUAAUCUAUAUAUUUAUCAAUGGUGGUCUUUCCUUCAACUAUUUUCAGU